CACGCAUUUGACGUGCAACGAAUGUGCUUCCCAGUAUUUAUCUACCUAGCUAGCUAAUAGCUCCCAAGCCAUCCUCUUCCGGCUAAUUCCACCGCCGCCGCCGCCAUGGGCUUCGACGACGAUGACGAGCCGCCCUUCUUCCGCCAGCAUAACCGGUACGACCUCAACAGCAAGAUCAUGCUCACCGCCAUAAUUUCGCUAUCCUGCGUGGUGUUCAUCGUGACGGUGCUUCAUAUCUACGCGAGAUGCAUCUUGCGGCGCCAGGCGCGGCGGCGCGCCGCGCUGCAGCAGAUGAUGAUCGCCGCCGCAGCCCGCGCUCAUCAGUCCGCCGAGCCGCCGAAGACGGGGCUACACCCCUCGGUCAUAGCGGCUCUCCCCGUAACGGUCUACCAGAAAGUGGAAGAGAGCGAAACGGUUGAGUGUUCGGUCUGCCUGAGCCUCCUGCAGGACGGGGAGAUGGCUCGGACGUUGCCGAACUGCAACCACACUUUCCACGCGGACUGUGUGGACAAAUGGCUCGGAACUCAGUCCACGUGUCCCAUUUGUCGUACGGAGGCCGAGCCGAGCUCCCGCCCGGUCCCCGAGCCUCGGGAGGGCGCCGUUACGGCCCCGCCGCCGUCAAAUCCGCCUCCGUCCGCUCCGCCUCUGGAGCGAGUUGCCUCAUGCGCGAUAAACGCGGAGGGGACUUCCGAGGCCGCCGGCGGAAGUUGCGGAAUGCUGCACCCGUCGGGGAAAGCUGGUGGGCCCAGCAGCUCGAGCUUUCGGUUGAGUUCUUUCAGAAAGAUUCUGAGCGGCAGAGAGAGAUCGUCUAGACGAAUUCAAACUCUUGGCGGAGAAGAUAAUAAUGGUAUUGUACAAGAUCUUGAGAGGCAAUAAUUAAUUAAUUAAUUUCGAUCAUAUUUAUGUAUGACUUUGGUAUCGUGUUCUGUUCAUCAAUCACGAACUGGCCUUACGUUUCAUCAGAUCAUAUUAUACAUACAUUCUUGAAUUAUCUGCUACUUUUCUAUCAGUUAUGUAACGCAAUCUUUACAUGAAUAUCUCCGGCCAUCUACUACUCUGGGCAAAGAGUUUUUUGGUUCUUUAUUUUUUCUUCUCCCUUUGUAUACUUUCUAUCCCUCUCCUUAUGUAAAUUCAUUCAAUAAGAGUAAUAUUUUAUGUAUUUUCACUUUCACUU